AUAAAGUAAUUCUAAUUCACGCUAUAAAAAAUUUAAAUAUUCUUAUAUUUGUCCCGGGUGCCUAGAAGAAAAAUUGUGAAUUUAUUAAUAUGAUAAUGUUGAAGCAUUAUACGUAGGUAAUGCACUUUUUAUCUGGAAAUUAUUUUGUACGCUAUCCAUUUAAAUUUUGCGAUAAUUUUUCAGGUAAGAUAAUGUUGAUUGUCAUUUGUUUAUGCGUCGUAUUGCGGAAUACAAAUUGUCAAACGCAUAGACCCAACAACUUCUACCAUGGAUACCCCGAAGUGCAACAGAAUCCAUCAGCUGGUAAACCAUACGGUACUGACAACGUCAAAAAUCAUGGAGGUGGUAGUUAUUAUCCGUUACCGGAUGUAAGUGACAACGACAACAAAAAAUGGCAAACCCUCGAGUCAUCAGUGCACCAUCAUGGCGACGGAUCUAAUGUAGCACCUGCAGUACCAGGACUAACCGACAUAACCGCAGUCGCAGUUAAAAGUGGUAGUCCGGUCGUCGUCAGUGGUGGUAGCUUGGUGAUUAGACCGUCAGCCGGAGGUUUCGUCGUGGACGGCGGUGGUGGCAUAGGGAUGUUAGGCGAACCGGAAGCGGCUGGAGUACAGCUGAAACAGCCAUUAUCCGUCGGGCCGUAUGACUUGGCUAGCGAUGAAGUAUUGCACUAUGGCUCACCACCUCCACAGCAUCAUCAGCAAUUCGGAUAUCCGUUUUUCCACGCUUCCGGGCUGCUACAGCGGCUGUUGUUCGGCAAGGCGAUAUUCGGACCGUCACCGUUGGACGGAUACUCGCCGUUGUGCAGCCGGUUGACGGCGGUCGGCCGAUUUCUUCUGAACAAGGUGUUUGAGCCGUUAUUUGCCACCGGCUUCUUCAUGGCUGCAUCGUAUCUAUUCCGAACGUCAGUGUUGCCCAGGAUAGCGCAUUACAUUCAUGUGUACGCCAUGCUGAAAGAUCACGUGGACGACGGCCGGUUCGUAAACGGUCGUCAGAUAUCAGGAUAUUUGGACAUUCUGACUGCGGCAGUGAACGACACGGUUAACGACGACAGACCGUGUUUACAGAGAAUUGUCUGUGAGGCCGGACUUCAAGUGGCCAGGAAUCCUGUAGCUCGUUCUGUUCGAAGCAUGGUCAAAACAAUUAUGUCAGAACAUGAAUUGGUGCACAUUUUCAAAGAAUCAUUAACCGGGUCUGUUUUUGGCUGUAGUCAAUAUAUGUGUAAAAAUUAUGCAAACAUGUUUUCAUUUAAUUCAAUUAAUGCAUUAAAAUGAAAUGCAUUCUCUAUUUAAACAUUUUAAACUUUAUAAUUAUUUAAUUUAUUGUUAUUUAUUAUCGAACUACAUUAAUAUGUGUAAACACUUCAAUAAUACAUCGUUAUAUAUUAAAUUAUUAAUACAACAUUGUAUAAGUAUAUCGUAUAAUGUACACUACUAUAUACAUUAUACUCGUAUAUUAUGUAGACUUUGUAGACAUUAUAUACCUAGGUAUAUAAUAAAGUUUCAAUUGUUUAUCAGCUAUACAAAACUACA